AUGGUAGUGUCACGCAGCGACUGACGACAGCCGCUACUCACAGACCAGAGUCCCUCAGGGCGCGGAGUCUAAGCCCCAGGCUGCCCUUCACCAGGGCCCCUGAUGGUGGGGAUGGACUUGACACAGCCUGAGACCAGGUCGCGGCCCCCGAGUAACCCCAGCUGCGGUAACGACUGCAGCCAAUGGAGUACAGCUGGUGGGAGCCAGAUGGAAAACGUAUAGCGUGGUCAGACAGGCCGGGUCGAUAACAAUGGAGCAAACAGUACAAGACGGUAGACAAAGAAUACUCAGGUCACGGGCCGGGUUCAGCAACGGGAGGUCAGGUAAUGGGAUAAAGCAGAGAAUAGUCUUGUCCAAGCCGAGUCGGUUACCAGGAGAGCAACAAGAACAGAACAAGAGCUUGCUGCAAAGGAAC